AUGCUGGCGGAAUCGAUGGCGGAAGAGGGCUUCGGGGAACAAGGAUUCGCGGAAGGCGCGGAGGGCGCGGAGGGCGCGGAAGGAGCGGAGGGCGCGGAGGUCGCGGAAGGAGCGGAAGGGGCGGAAGAGCACCAUAGGCGGGAGUCGUGGGUGUCGAGUGUGGAGUGGUUCGUGUCGUGGCCGCUCAGGCGACUCAGCCACCCGUGGCGCAAGCGUGUGCUGUGGGUGUGGGUGCUGGUGGCCGCAGCCAUCCUGUCGCUGGUGUUUUUCAUGGCAUGGCAGCAUGCCAAGACAAACGAGAGAGACGACCUGGAGGGGCACUGCGAUGAGUGGGCGGCGUUUAUCGGAGCCAAGUUCAACACCACCGCUGCCAACACACGCUCCAUCUCCGAUUUCAUCCGCGCCUACUACAUCGAUAACAUGAAGGAGGACUUUCAUGACUUGGUGAAAUUCCAACGGUUCACUCAAGCUACUCUCGACAGCCGACCCAUGGCGUCAUUCGUGGCGUUCACUCUCCUCGUGAACAACUCGUUCAUCCGAGCCAGAAUCGAGAAGAUCGCUGGCCACUGCUUCUACGGGCUCGAGCCUAACGGCACCGUGGCGUGCCGCCCACAUGGGCUGCCCCUGUACGCGCCUCUGCUGGUGUUCAAUGCACGAAAGGACUACAACCCACGGCUGAGGCCCGCUGUUGCUGGAUGCUGCUACGACAUGCUGGAUGACCAAGGAGUGAGCGACAUGAUCCAUCGGGCCAUCAAUUCAGCUGCGACCGUCAUGUCUCCGCCCUUCAUGCGCGAAAACUAUCCCUACCACUUCAUCAGUCACGUCUUCCCAGUCUACUUUAACCGCACCACCUUCCCCCUGCCUCCCUCGCCCUCCCCUCCGUCCAUUGCCAUCCCUCCGCUCGCCACUCCUGGCCCUGGGGUGCUCCCACGAGGGUUCGUCGUCGCGGGGUAUAACUUUGAAAACCUGCGGUCCCUUGCUGGGUUUCAGCAGCUUGUGGAGCUGGAAACGAGGGUAUAUCUGGUGGAUGGGACGAGGGGCGGGGCGUGGGAUGGUGCGCGGAAUGGAAGUGCACGGAAUGAGGACGGAAAGACUGGUAGAUGGAUGCCUGCAUUGCUAUUUGACCAUGAGGGGGUGGUGGGUGAGGAGGAGAUUGGUGCAUGGAUGGUGGAUGGGGAGGAGCAGCAGCGGGGGAGAGUGAGGCGGGAGGUGCAACUGGGAGAUCCAACAAAAACGCCAUUCGGUCCGUUCCUCUGGAUAGUGGUCGCGGUUCUCUUCCUCACGGUCUCCACCUUGCUCCUCUGGACAUGCAUUCAACUUAUGCACGCCUUUGAGUGCGACUGUCAGCAGCUGUCAGCAGCACAGCACGAGCUGCGCGCUGCACGAGAGGAAGCCGAGGCGGCGAGCCGGGCCAAGGGCGACUUCCUCACCACCAUGAGCCACGAGAUCCGCACUCCCAUGAACGGCGUCAUAGCCAUGUCUUCUCCUAGUUCUUCUAGUUCCGCCUCCUCCUCGCAUGACGAUGCCGUGGGGAAGGCAAGUUCCGCGCAUGUUUCCAAGGAGGGUAGUUCCGCGCAUGGUUCCAAGGAGGGUUGUUCCGCGCGUGUCUCUAAGGAGAUGGAAGGAAUUACGAAGGAGAAAAGGAUGCCCGACCACCCGAUCUACAAGCAUUACUUCUACUUUAAUGAUCCAAAGAAGAAGGGCGACCAAGUGGAGUGCGAGUAUUGCAACAAGACUUUCGCUUGGAGUAGUAGCCGUUGCCCCGAGCACCUCGCCGAGUGGCACGAUCCCCACCGGCGGCGCAAGGCGGGAGUGGUUUGCAAGCAUGUGCCGAAGGAGAUUUCGAAGGAGAUUCGCGAGAUGUUCGAAGCGAAGGUUCGCGCGCGCAACCAAAAAGCGAAGGCGACGGAAGCGGCGCUCGUUGCGGUGAGCGGCAAGAGCUCGGCGGGAGGGAGGGGGAACAAGCGCGGGCGCAUGGAAGAUUUCUACGGCGAGGGUGGCGUCGUGGCAAAGAAGGCGGCCGACGAAUCGAUCGUCCUCUACCUCGCGGGGACGCGCACAUCAGAGCGCCAGUGCGAGCACCCGCUCUUCCUCAACAUGUUGCGCGCCGUCGCCGCAGCCGGCCAGGGAUAUGUCCCCCCCAAGCGGCACUACGUCGGAGGCGCCGGCCUUCAAGACUGCAAGCUGCGGAUUGAGAAGGCGCUGUCGCCCGUGACGAAGUCGUGGAGGGAGACAGGCGUUACCAUCGCCAGCGAUAUGAUGCAGGACGUGAGCGGCCGGGCGCAGAUGAACGUUAUUUGCAUCAACGACACUGGAGCUGUCUUCGUUGAGGCAGUUGACUGCAAGGCUGCGACGAAGAGUGGCAAGUUCAUCGCUGGCGUCCUGCGGCCGAUCAUCGAGCGCAUCGGGGCAGAGCACGUCGUUGCGCUGUGCACGGACGGCGGCAGCAACUACAAGCGUGCUGGCAAGCUGCUGCAGAAGGAGUGUCCGCAUCUCGACCUAGUUCCCUGCGCCACUCACGUGAUGGACCUGCUGAUGGAGGACAUCGGCAAGAUGGGCUGGGCGCAGCUGGUCGUGGCUCAGGCCGACGAUAUCAUCAGCUUCGUGCGCGCGCACCAGUGGACGCGGGCAUUUCUGCGGCUCCCGGAGCUGCACGGCGAGAAGAAAUCGCUGCAGGCCCUGAAGCCGGCAGGCACGCGCUUUGGAACGCAAUACAUCGCUGUGUCUCGUCUGCGCGCCAUUCGCCCCCAGCUGCAGGCGAUGGUGGCGCACAAGGACUGGGCGGAGAAGGGGGGGAGCACGCAGACGGGAACGGAUUUUGAAGGGUGGGUGAGCGACCCAGCGUGGUGGAAGAAGGUGGACUUCUUUGUGCAGCUGAUGGAGUUGUUCUACAGCGUGAUGCGGAGGACGGACUCAGCGGCGAAGGGGAUGAUGGGUCAGCUUUACGACAUAAUGCUGCAGCUGACGGAGGAGGUGGAUAAGAUGCUGGAUGGGAGGGAGUGUAAGCUGAGCAGGGCGGAUAAGGAGAAGGUGAGGGAGCAUUUGAGGAAGCGGUGGGAUGAGAGCCUGGCAUGCCCCCUCCACGUGGCAGGCCGGAUCUUGAACCCGACCAACCAGGAGGAGGGGAUUUUCCUACAGGAUCCGGAGUGCAUCAAGGUCAUGCAGGACUGGUUGGAGCGCAAGCAGCUCUUCGUAGACAGAUACUGGGGGAAGGCGCGCGGCAAGAAGGGACCGGUGCGGCCGCUGCACGAGGGUGGACCGGUGCGGCCGCUGCACGAGGGUGUGACGGCCUACAUCAACGGCGCUGGGAAAUUCGGCUCGGACACUGCGACCGAGGGGCGUAAAAAGAUUCAGUUGGGGGAGGGGAACGUGAUGCUGUGGUGGCAGUACAAUGGAUGGGAGUACCUUGACCUGUCCCGUCUUGCACGCCGCACGCUUUCCCAGACCGUUUCCGCUUCCCCGUGUGAGCGUAACUGGUCUACUUGGGAUGGCGUGCAUACGGCGCGCAGGAACCGCCUCGGGUCGGAGAAGGUCCGCGACCUUGUGUACAUCGCGCACAACUGGAAUGUUGUGCGCGAUGUCCACAAGGGUGCGGAUGACGCAGGGCCUAGUGUGGUGGGAAGGAAGGGGGCGGUGUUGGAGGGGAACAUCACCCCCCCUCCCCUCCCCGAGGGGUACAAAUUGGAGGAGGAUGAGGAGGUGGACGCGGACGAGGACGCCGUGUGCGUCGAUGAGUGGGAGGGGCAGGAGGACGAGGAUGAGGAGGAGGAGGAGGAGGAGGAGGAGGAGGAGGAGGAGGAGGAGGAGGAGGAGGAGGAGGAGGAGGAGGAGGAGGAGGAGGAGGAGGAGGAGGAGGAGGAGGAGGAGGAGGAGGAGGAGGAGGAGUAG